GUCACGGGCCUCCUCGAGAACCGCGGGGUCGACCGGGCGGCGACCGUGGCGGCCGAGGCGGCGGAGAAGAAGGCCACGGAGAGCAAGCCGCCGACGGCGCGCACGCUGCGCUGGGAGGCGGACAACCUACGGACGAAGGUGGGCAAGCCGGAGAGUCGGGCCGAAGCUCCGCGGCAGCAGAAGCUGGAGCUCGAGAUGAAGAUCGCCGAGGCUGUGGGCGGCCAGCACGUUCCUGAUGGCCCUGCUGCUGAGGCAGCUCCCGGGGGCGCUGGGGCUGCUGGAGGCGGAAGCUGCGACGUCCCAGAGGAUAACGGCGACGACGACGUCGACCUGGAGCUGCUGGCAGGUGACGACUUCGCCGAGCGCCAGGCAGCCCUCUCGCAGGCAGCCGACGCCCUCAAAGCAGCAGCCAGCGGCUCGCCAGAGCAGCUCGCCGAGGCCAAGCGCAAGUACAGCGAGACAGUGCGUAAGCUUGACGUCAAGCGAGCCCGUCGCGAGCAGUCAGUUUAG